AUGAGAGCCAAGUGGAGAAAGAAGCGAGUUCGACGCCUCAAGCGCAAGAGAAGAAAGAUGAGAGCCCGGUCAAUAGCGCAGAGCACAACGACCAUCAUCGACUCCGGCAACGACACCAAGUCCAUCACCUACCCGCGCAGACAUGGCUUGGACAUUCACCAAUCGAUCACAUCAAUUACGACAGUGAUGGAACUGGAGGACCGAUGA